AUGUCGACGUUCUCAAAUACCAACACCGCUGGAAAAACAGCCGAUCCUACCACUGCUGCAAACAUUGACCGUAAUGUGCCCCUCAAGCAGAAGAUUGAGGAUCUCAGCGAGUUUAUCACUUCACGCAAGUUUGGCAUGAUGACAACACGCGACGUCAAAACGGGGAAGCUAGUCUCUCGUGCCAUGGCAUUGGCGGGCAAAGAAGCCGGUGACAUCGACCUCGUAUUCACGACGAACACGGAAUCGCACAAGACGGACGAGCUGGCAGCGGAUCCGCACGUUAACAUCUCCUUUAUCGACUCGUCGGGCCAAUGGGCAUCCAUCGCUGGGGACGCACAUGUCGAAACAGAUCGUGAGACUGUCAAGAAGUACUACAGCUCCAGUCUAAAGGCCUGGCUAGGUGAUCUGGGUGACGGGAAGCACGAUGGCUCCAAAAACGAUCCCCGCCUCGGCGUUAUUCGUGUCCGCACGUCGACCGCCACCUACCUACUCACCAACAAGACGGCUGUUACUAGAGCCGCAGAGGUCGCGCGCGGAGCACUGACAGGUAGCCCACCGGAGAUUGGCAAGUUGAGAGAGAUCUCGGAGCUUGAAGUGCAGCAGUGGAGAUCUAUUGCUACCUGA